AAAAUUAUCAAAAUUUUCAUCAGCGGUGUAGUCGUUGGAAUACAGCUACUGUGACAAUGAGAAGCAAAACCUACUGAAGAGUAUGUCAUAACCUUGAGUUUGACUGGAAAGGAUGAGAAUCCUAAAACGACCUUGGAGAGUUCUGCUGUCGCAGCACAGGCUCAACCACAUAGCUAGCAGACUGGCUUCAUCAAAAGCGGUUAGAAGUCACAGAGUUUUGAUAUCAUCAUCAACAAAUAUUUAUGAAAAUCUUGCAUUAGAAGACUGGUUGUUUGAAAACACAGAUUUUCAGAGAGAGUCAGUACUGUUACUAUGGCGAAAUAGGCCUUGUGUUGUGUUUGGUAGACAUCAGAAUCCCUGGGUGGAGUGUAAUGUUCCCUACUGUCAGAAAUAUGAAGUGGAUCUUGUUAGGCGUAAAAGUGGAGGAGGGACUGUAUAUCAUGAUGAGGGGAAUCUCAAUUGUUCAUUCUUGAUGGAAAACUCACUGUACAACAGACGAAGAAACCUACAACUGGUUGUUGAUGCCUUGAAAUCACACUGGGCUAUUCCACUCUCCAUCAAUAAAAGAGAUGAUAUCAUAUAUCAAGAUAAAUACAAGAUAUCUGGAACAGCAUCUAAACUAGGAGGCAAGAAGACAUAUCAUCACUUUACAUUGCUGUAUAAUGUUGACACAAAAGAAUUGCAAAAUAGCCUGCACUCUAACUUGGAAGGUGUCAGCAGUAAAGCCACAGCAAGUUUAAAGAUGUCAGUGACAAAUCUGGUAGAUCAUUUUCCUGAUGUUGACUUCACUUCUCUGGUUGAUGUUAUCAGUGAAAAAUUUGUUCAGAACGAUCAGAUCAGAAGUGUACAAACUGUUGAUCCUCAUGACAUGGAUCUCUUUCCUGGUGUAGAUAAUCAUCUCACAGAACUGAAGUCUUGGGAGUGGAUAUUUGGCAAGACACCACCAUUUUCUAUACAACGUACGUUCCACGGGAAGACAGAAACUAUGAACAUUCUCAAUGUGAACGUUGAUAUAACAAAAGGUCGGAUACAUAACUUACAGUUAAAGGAGUUAAAUGUUUUAAAUGCUAAAGAUAUCGAUAGUCGAGUGUUUUUAAUGUUACGGAUAGAAAUAGAAGAUACGAAGCUCUGUCCGAAUGAAGUGCGUAAAAGUCUGUCAAAAGUGAAAAUGGAAUGGAUUGCAGAUCAGCUUUAUACCGUUGAUACACGCGAGUAUCUAGACUGGCUUCUACAAUGUGUAAUGGAAACAUUAGCAAUAUUUAACACACAGACAUCUACUUCAGCUACAUAAGAUGAUGAUGUGUCUUCUCACUGAUCAGGAAACUGAUUUUUCCAAAUUUGAUCGAAAGGUUUUGAGUUUAAGGCUGAAGGAUACUAAAAUCAAAUACGGAGGAAACAUCAUCGCAAGGAAAUUAUGUGUAGUCCUAUUGCACCAGAUUUAUACAAUUUCCUCCCAAUUUAUAUCAUACUGUAAAAGCACAUAUUUUCGCUGGGUCAGAUUUCGCGAAUUUGAAAUUUUGAGUAUGUUCGCGUGGUUAAAUAUUCGCCAGAUUAUAAAAAUGGUUUCAUACAUGAAUUUGAAUUAUACUAAUGGCGAAUAUUUACGCGAGGAUUAAUUUUCGCGGGAUGUAGGACCUUGCGAUUAUAGCGAAAAGUAAACCUUCGCGAAAAUUUCUGCUUAUACAGUAUUUAAGUAAUUACAUCUAUCACUUAGGUAGCUGUGAAAGGAGCAAAAUGUUUGUUUAUGAGUUAUUCAGUGUUUCAAGCAAUCUAAACAUAUGAAUUAUUAGUAAACGGCAGGGAAUUACAUAAAUUCUUUUGAGUAAGCUCAAGCUUUUGAUGCUCAAACAGUGUUUCACUGUAUCUAUAAAAAGUAAAAACAUGAUUCAAUAAUUUCUCUACAUCAUAUAGGUAAUUUUAUUUUAUGAUACAGUAUAUCAACUCUAUUACUGGUACUGUCAUUCAAGCCGUAGCAUUAUUUUAAAAAGCAUGAACAUUAUUUGACAGGUUUGUAUUGACCAAGGCAAUAAGGGGAAUUUUUCAGGAGGUGUUAAAAUUACUAUCGGUAAGGUUGCUAAUGUUUGUUUUGUUAUUUUAGGCAAGUGAAAUUGUUUUUAUCUAUGGAAUAACUUUGAUCUACUAUAGUGCCAUAGUGAAAACACAUAUUAAAGAGAAUUCCUAUAGUUUUUUUUUUAUUUCAUAGAUUUUUUUUCAAAUUCACAUAUCUGAUAGGAAACUGUGUGCUGAAAACAAUGAACAAAUAAAAAAAUGGGUCACCCAGCUUGUUUUUUGCGAAAAAUUGUUUUCAACACACCCACUGUUGCUGAAACUGCUAGCGAUUUUUCAACAUUUUCAUAAUUUUCUGCUUUUUUUAUAAUACCAACAAAAACAUGAAUCAAGACAGCACAAUAAGGUCUAUAUAUUUAUUUCAUAUCAUAGUCAUAUUUGUAAUACAAUAUCAUUACAAUGAUGGGUACAAAUGGAAAAAAAAAUCUUGUUUCAUAUUCACUUUUGUGAACUUUUUUUCAAUGAAAAAUACUCAUAGUAAAGAAUAUUUUUUUAAAUUUUGAAAAAAAAAAGUUUUAUAGAAUUUUUUUUCUGUUUUCCUUUUGUAUAGAUAAUUGUAUUGUGAACAUAAAAAUGGCCAAAAAAGUAUGGGUCACCAGGCUAAAUUGUAUGUUAAGACUGUUUGAAUACAACACCUGUUCAGAUGAAAAAAUGGCCUGAACUUGACCAAAUUGAUUAGUAUCGGCUGGGCAGAAAGAUGCGCAUAAAAAACUAUAGGAACUCCCUUUAAUUAACAUUAUGAUAAUUAAAAACACUUCUAAAGUUUAUCUUAAUCACUCUCAGCACCUCAUUUCUGAUGGAAUACAUCGCCGCCAAGGUUUGGGAGAAGAGUCGCCACUUUAUCCUUUAACGCUGAGCACCAGGCAAGGAAAAUGCUUUUAUCAUUUUAAACAUUUCUUUGGUUUGAGGUGGACAGGGAGCAAACUAAGGAUCAUUUGUGUUCAAAGUUUGUGUUUUCCUAUAAAGGUACUGUACUCAGCAUGUAGAAUAAGUAUUCAUUAAGUCGUGCAAUAAAAUUGGAUGUUAAAAAUGAGGAAUUUAGCAGUAAUUCAUAUCGGCACAGAAACUCAGGUAUUGUAGAAUUGAUUUAGAUUCAUGAGAAAAAGAAUGUUUUUAUUUCGAUUUAAACGAGAUGUGAAACCAAAAUUUGUAGUCCUGUUUGCCUAUACUGUGUUGGUGUGCCGUAAAACCCAAAUAAAUAAAUAAAUGAGAAAAAGAAACUACAUGUACAUACAGUGCCAGUGGAAAUAAAGUGUUUAAGAUAGUUUGCCUGUAGAAACUGUUCCUAUGUUACUGUAGUCUUUUGGAUUGUUAAGUAUUAUUAAAAAUGAAAUGCAAA